AUGAUUCGUACAAGUGUAAUUACUUUGUUGACGAUUUGCGUGGUGUGUUCGUUUUGUGAUCGUGAGUUCGUCUCGCUUGGUCGACAUAAAUGGCGGUGUAAGGAACGUAUUAAUCAUGAUGAGAAAGACCAUGUAGAUGCUCGAUCCCGGGAAAUGCCAAUAACAAAGUCACCUAGUAUUCCUGUUCCUAGCGUUACUGUUGUCAAAUGUUGUUGUGGCAAAAUAUGCAAAGGCGUGCGUGGUCUUAAAAUGCAUCAGCGUAGUUGUCAAGUGAUACACAGCCUUAACGACGAACUGGCUACUGAUCUGGAAGAACAAAUAACGACAGAUGAUACUACAAAUACUCCUGAAUCUGAAAAUUGCCAAGCUGAUAACCAUAUGACUUAUGAUGAUCGACUCCCUGAACUCAAAAAAGGCAUUAUUUUACCUAAAAAUGACUCUGAAUGGCUAACGGCUAAUGAUUUUUUCAAAUGUGCGCUGCAGAUAAAUCAUCCAAUCAGCUCUCCAGAUGCAAAUUCAAAAAUAAAGUUAUUAAACGAUGUUAUUUACAACUACUUCGCAGAUAAUUUUGGUCAUAAUGAGUCUAUUCCAGAUAAAAAUAUCGUUGCUAAAUAUAAAGAAUGUACAGUUAAGGAAUUAAAGAAAGCGUUGCAGAAUUUAAAACGUAACGAAGGUAACCUUACUGAAAUUAGACACGUCUCUCGAAUAUUGCGUAACAAACUUCGCAAUAUCAACAACAACGACGAUGGGCUAGCCUCUUGCAAUCAGACGCUCAAUCACGACAAGUAUAUCACCCGGAACUUUUGGGGCUAUAUUAAAAAUAUCAUAAAUAAGAAGGAUUCAAUAUUACCUUCCUUCAACGUGAAUGAUUGCCUCACUUAUUUUUCUAAAUCUCUGGCUAAAAUUAAUCCUAAUCAACUGUUCACUAUUCCCAGCUGGAUUCCAAAGUUAUGUGACCCCGAAGUUCAAUUUAACCUUAAUCCCCCGACAUACCAACAAGUUACUAAUGUUAUACGGAAAAUGAAAUCGUCUGGCUCCCCUUGUCCCCUUGACCAACUUUCCAUUAUUUGUUUCAAGCGAUGUUCGUUUCUCAGAAGUUACCUUACCGAAAUUAUUCAUGAAAUUUGGCACUCUGGUAAUGUCCCAACUGAAUGGAAGCGAGCAUGUACAAUUUUAAUUCAUAAGAAAGGCAACACCGCUGAUCCUUCAAACUUCCGACCAAUUACGCUUCAGUCUAUACCAUUAAAAGUCUUCACGUCCUGUCUAAGAAAUGUGUACUCCUUCCUAGCAUCAAAUAACUUCAUCGAACACAAGAUUCAAAAAGGUUUUACCCCCAACCUUUCUGGAACUCUAGAACAUACAGCGCAAAUGGCUGAUAUCAUCAAUAAAGCUCGGAUCAGACAACGCUCUGUUGUCAUCACCUUACUUGAUCUAAAAAAUGCGUUCGGCGAAGUCCAUCAUAACUUAAUUCAAUCAGUCCUUGACUAUCAUCAUAUUCCCGAUCACAUUAAAUUAAUUUAA